AUGUCUCUGCAGUCGAUGUUUUCUAGAAGAAUUGACAUUGGCUUCGGUAGUCACACAAGCAUGUCUAAUAAUGUUGGUGGUUUUGAAAGUGGUUCUGGCUUUGGAUUGACCACUGGUGUGGAAUCCUUCUCCUCCAAGUCAAAAGGUCGUCCUCCAUCAUCUGCUACAGCUACACCAAAAGGUCUUGGUAUGAAGGUAGAGAAAACACAAAGGACCAACCAAUUUUUGGAAUCAUUAAAAGCUGAAGGUGAAGUGAUUGUUCAAGAUGUGAGACCAACUGUUGGUCAGUCCAAGCCAGCUGCUCCAACACCAACUCGUCCUAUCACAUUGACAGUUGAAAAAAAGCUUAAUUUAACUUCAAAACGUGAUGGUGCUAUUGGAAACUUUGAUGUUCAGAGCACCUUGUCUCUCCAAAUACUUAAUCAGGAUGAUGGUCUCAUCCAAGUUCAGAUUGAAAAUGGUGGUAAUCCAGGAAUUUUAUAUAAGACCCACCCCAAUAUCAACAAGGAAUUGUUUUCCAAUAAAAAUAUUUUAGGUCUCAAGGAUACAAAUAGGCCAUUUCCCAGUAGUGAUGGUGUUGGUCUUUUGAAGUGA